AUGCAGAUGCGCUUCGAUGGGCGCCUAGGCUUCCCCGGCAGCUGCGUGGACACGCAAGACAGCAGCCUGGACGGGAUGAACCGGGAACUGCGCGAGAAGCGGGGCGAUGGGGUAACAGCCUUACGCGUGGAGCGCUCCGACUAUCGGAGCUCACACCUCAUGGACGGACAGUGUGUGGUGGCCCAUUUCUAUGCCAAGCGCCUGACGCAGGAGCAGCUGCAGGCGGUGGAAGCCAGGGCACCUCAAGCGAAGGACCACGGGCUAGAGGUGCUGAGCCUGGUGCGGGUGCCUCUGUACAUCCUUCGUGAUGGUGUGGGAGGCCUGCCCACCUUCCUGGAGAAUUCCUUCAUUGGUGCUGCCCGAGAACAGCUACUAGAAGCUGCCCGCCAUGGACCCAUGGAAGCCAAUAUGAGGGCUUUGGUAUAA